CGGGCGGCGGCGGCGGGGCGUGGAAGAAAAGAAAAGAAGAAAUGGGGUCAAAUUGAAAAUUUUAAAAUAUAUAAAAUUCGAAUUUGGCCCUAAUGACCGGAAGUUAACCUAGAAACGGGCUAAUGGCUCAUUAGUGAAAGGAUUGUGUAAGUUCAGGGAUUUUUGUGAAAGGAUUUGAAGUUCAGGUACCACUUCGAAAUUCCAGCUAAAGUUCAGCACUGUGCUGCUACCAUCUUCCUAACUGCUAUUCUGCUAACCUUCAACCCCAUUAAAACGCUCUCAAAUCCUUCCCCAAAAAAGACCAUUCUUUGAUCAUCAGAAAGCUCCAGAAAAUCUCGAACAUUUCCAUGGAUCCCAACUCAUCUCCUUCAAAGACCAUACCGAUCGUAUCCACAUUAGCUUCUCCCUUCGAGAGCCCACCGAAGGCAGAUGGGUCCAACAAGAGAAAGCACCUGAGCUUGUGGCCUGGGAUGUACCAUUCUCCAGUGACCAAUGCUCUGUGGGAAGCGAGGUCUAAGAUCUUCGAGAGACUUCUGGACCCGCCUCUGGAUGCGCCCCCUCAGAGUGAAUUGCUCACGAGAACCCCUUCCCAGAGCCGAACCACCAUACUGUACAACUUCUCCACCGAUUACAUCCUGAGAGAGCAGUAUAGGGAUCCUUGGAAUGAGGUCCGGAUUGGGAAACUCCUCGAGGAUCUUGAUGCCCUUGCUGGAACCAUUUCUGUCAAACAUUGUUCGGAUGAAGAUAGCACGACCCGACCGUUGUAUCUGGUCACAGCUUCAGUUGAUAAGAUGGUGAUUAAGAAGCCGAUCAGUGUUGACAUUGAUCUGAAAAUGGUUGGUGCCGUCAUCUGGGUUGGCCACUCUUCUAUUGAGAUUCAAUUAGAUGUCAUUCAACCAAGCAAUGGGAGAACUGGUCCUCCUGAACCAGCACUGACAGCAAACUUCAUUUUUGUUGCGCGGGACUAUAAGACUAAGAAAGCUGCUCCAGUGAAUCGCCUGUCUCCGGAGACAGAUGAAGAAAAGAAUCUCUACGAAGCAGCAGAGAGGAGAAAUAGACUUAGGAAGAGGAAAAUAGUGGGAGACAAGAGGGAGGUUGAAAAUGGGGGAGAGAACAGACUUGAAUCACUAUUAGCCGAAGGUCGAAUUCUCUGCGACAUGCCUGCUUUGGCUGAUAGGAACAGCAUUCUUCUAAGAGACACAAGGCUUGAGAACUCUUUGAUUUGCCAGCCUCAGCAAAGAAACAUACACGGCCGGAUCUUUGGAGGGUUUCUGAUGCACCGGGCAUUUGAAUUGGCAUUUUCAACCGCGUAUGCUUUUGCUGGCAUGAUGCCAUACUUUAUGGAAGUCGAUCAUGUUGAUUUCCUAAGACCCGUGGAUGUUGGAGACUUCUUGCGAUUCAAAUCAUGUGUUCUCUACACUGAGUACGAGCAUACAGAUCAGCCACUGAUUAAUGUUGAAGUUGUUGCCCAUGUCACUAGGCCAGAACUCAGAUCUAGUGAGGUGUCGAAUAAGUUCUACUUCACAUUCACUGUACGCCCGGAGGCUAAGGCUCAGAACAAUAAGUUUAUGAUCCGGAAGGUAGUCCCUGCCACAGAGGAGGAGGCACGGGUCAUCCUGGAACGCGUAGAUGCAGAUUUGUUGCACAAGUAAUAUCUGAUUUCGAACAAGGCAGUUGGAUAUAACUUAAUUGUUGCUUUCAAUCACUCCAUGUCCUGAUUCAACUAUUUCGAUCAUAGUAUCAUAGUACAAUCGGUGGAGGAUAUUUUGUUUACCUGUAUUUUUUCCUUAUAAUUGAUUCUGUGUCAAUUCGUGAGGACACACCAUUUGUGGAAAUGCACAGACAUCAUUUAGUCUUGGUGUACAAAUGAGACACACCAUUUAGUGUACCCCUGAAAUUAUAAUUGCACCUUUCACAUCUUAAUCAAUGGCACCAAAUUUG